AUGGAGACAUUAGGCCUGGGGCCGAGCGCGGGGGAGACGGGGCGAGGAGCCAGAGGGAGAUGGGGCGUCGCGUUUUUGAUCUCCCUGCGCCGGGCGUUUCCGCGCGCGAGGCUGCCGCGCGCUGUGGGGGGGGCCCUCGCGGAGCGGCCUGGCUCGCGGAGUGCCGCAGAGAGGCGUUUGGGCCUGGGGCCGUCGGGCGGCUUGCGGCCGCCGUGGAUCCUGCCGCCCGAGCCCUUCGAGCCUCGAUGUUUGACGGGCAUGCGCGUCGUGGUCGUCUUCGACUUCGACGCGGCCCGCGCCGGCUUCGCCGAGCCGGCCUCGCCGCCCCCGCCGCUGUCGGCGCUCGCGGCACUGCCUCUGCUGGGCGAGGCCGAGAGCGGCGGGGCUCGCGCGGCCCGGCCCGCGCGGCCUGGGGCCCCCGCCGCG